CCGAUACUUUUCGUCGGUGCCUCCCCUAUCUCACCAAAACCUUUCCGUUUACACAGUUACACAGAUCUCACCGGUCAAGCAAUCCAACGACGGAGAUGGCUUUGACUCGCAGGAGCUCCAAUCUCCUGAAAUCCCUUACCACAAUCAACCCCACCACUCGCCUCUUCUCCACCUCUUCCGAUUCGUCCAUCACCAUCGAGACCAGCGUCCCCUUCACCGGCCACAAAAUCGACCCGCCGUCCCGCUCCGUCACAACCUCGUCCUCCGAACUCAUGACCUUCUUCACUGACAUGUCGCAAAUGCGGCGAAUGGAAAUCGCAGCCGACUCACUCUACAAAGCCAAACUGAUACGCGGUUUUUGCCACCUGUACGACGGCCAAGAGGCCGUCGCCGUCGGCAUGGAGGCUGCAAUUACCAGAAAGGACAACAUCAUCACCGCGUAUCGCGACCAUUGCUUAUACCUUGGCCGUGGUGGAACCUUAUUGGAAACAUUUGCAGAGCUAAUGGGGCGUAAGGAUGGAUGUUCAAAGGGAAAGGGUGGUUCGAUGCAUUUCUAUAAGAAGGAGAAUGGUUUUUAUGGAGGGCAUGGGAUUGUGGGAGCUCAAGUGCCAUUAGGUUGUGGGCUAGCUUUUGCGCAGAAGUAUAGUAAGGAGGAUAAUGUGUCGUUUGCGCUUUAUGGAGAUGGAGCGGCGAAUCAGGGGCAGCUGUUCGAGGCCUUGAAUAUGGCUGCUCUUUGGGAUCUUCCUGCGAUCUUAGUUUGCGAGAACAAUCACUAUGGGAUGGGGACGGCUGAGUGGAGGGCAGCAAAGAGUCCAGCCUAUUAUAAGAGAGGAGACUAUGUUCCUGGUUUGAAGGUGGAUGGUAUGGAUGCCCUUGCUGUGAAACAAGCAUGCAAAUUUGCAAAGGAACACGCUUUAAAGAAUGGACCAAUCAUUCUUGAAAUGGACACAUACAGAUACCAUGGUCAUUCGAUGUCUGAUCCUGGGAGCACGUAUCGCACACGUGAUGAGAUAACUGGCGUGAGACAGGAGCGUGACCCAAUUGAAAGAAUAAGAAAACUGUUAUUAUCUCAUGAUAUAGCCACUGAGAAAGAGCUAAAGGAUAUUGAGAAGGAAAUAAGAAAAGAGGUAGAUCAAGCCAUCGCAGCAGCUAAGGAGAGCCCCAUGCCUGAUCCUUCUGAACUUUUCACCAAUGUCUACGUGAAAGGUUAUGGAGUUGAGGCAUUUGGAGCAGAUAGGAAAGAAGUGAGGACAGUGCUUCCUUAAAGCAAGCAUUGGAGAAAUUUUAUAACUUCCCCUCCUCUGGACCAGGAGGAAGAAAAAAGGAAGAGAGAAUUUUAAAAAAUAAAAGGUGUAACGAAAUCAUCUCCCUCCUGGAUGCUUCCUCAGCUUCACUUGUUCUGAUUUUGGUGUAGAGAAUGGUGGUUUCUCUGUUCAAGGUUAGAAUCUUAGAGUUCUGAUGAUGUAAUUUUUGGCGCACGGCUCAUUGAUUUUCUUGCUUGAAAAUUGAAGAUGGAUAUCUUCUUACAUUUCCUAGCAGCAUGUUUGUUAUCAUAUUACAGUUUGUUGGUUUACUAUAUUUGGAUGGUAUGAGAGGAGGACACUAGACAGUGCAGAGUGAGGCUCGUAGCGAGGUUAUGUCGUG